GAGUAAGGCAGUGCGUGGAGUCGCGUCCCUUGAACCCUACAUCCUUCACCGCGUUUCCGCCUCUUGCUCUUGCGCUCGCCGUUUGCUUCUCGGACCGCUCUCCGAUCCCCCAUUCUCCUCGUCUUCUGAUCUAUCUUCAUGGAGAUCUGGGGUAUGGAAAUCAAACCGGAAGAAACUGUCAAGGACAAUCCUGGAGAGGAACAAAUAUGUGCAUCUUUCUCAGAUGCUUGCUAUUGUGGAGUUGAAUAAGGCUGAUAAGCAGAAGGCAAAUAGGGAUGUUGAUGAGGAUGACAACGACGAAGAUGACAACGACGAAGACGGAGGAGGAUGAAUCUGAUGAUGACAGGAUAUCGUGGAAGAUGACGACAAAAAUGAAAGCUCAGAUGAAGAAGAUGAAGCUAUCGGCUGGACCUUCUAACGAAGGAACAGUUGACCAAUAUUAAAAUCACAGGCGAUGCUUGUAAGAGAGAGGGCCAUUCUGCGACACCCCGUCCUGCAAAACAAGGUGACAAUGGCAAGGAAUAACUUGUUCUCAUCAUCAUAUCUAUCCACUCGGCACCCCCUUCAGCUCUAAACCUGGAAUCCUCAUGGCCCAUUUCUUUCGGUCAAAAGGUUCUUUACUGCUACAUACUUUACUAUACACAAGAUUGGCAUCUCGAGACACCCAAGAAACGAAAAGGAUCUGCCUGCUGCGUUUCGACGCUAACUCUGUCUUCGAAGAAGGAAUCGGUGGUCUACCAUGCGGGACUUCAAAUACGAUUCUUCCCUGCCAUGUUUGUUGUGCAGGAGAUGGAUAACAACAUGAACAGGGAAGUAGCAGAGCCUGUUGGCUUCUCCCAAAGACUCCUCAACUUCCUCGUCAAGAAAUCCAACCGUCAAGGUCAGCCAAACCUCGCCGGUAAUACCCAGCAAGGAGACAGCAGCCGUUUCAAAGGCCAACCCUCCAUGUCUCAGCAUGUGGAGACUCGCGUCCCAGUUACUAUCUACAAAGAUGGCAAGCUCGGUUUCACUCCUCGGGUGGAAGUGCCGGUGGAGUACCAGGAACCCAGUGGAUCCGCGAAGCUCCGGGAAUCGAGAUCAGCCAAGACGGAAGCAGACGUAGCAGUUGAGGCAGUAGCCGACGAAGCAACCCCACCACCACCGCCCAAGAAGGUUGCCAAGAAGUCCGUCACGAUCAAGGUUGAUAUUGAAGACAGAGAUGGCAUCAAGAAGAAACCAUCCAUGUCGGCGAGGAGCGCCGCAGAAGAGAAGAAGUGGCUCAGGAUGUGGAGCUGAAGAAGAAAGAGAAACCAUGGAGUCCGCCAUGCGAGGAAGGCAGACGACAAGUCAAAUGUACUCGUGAAGCAGCAGAAAUCCUUUGCCAAGCAUGUUGUACUCUUUCGUGGAGUCCGUGAAUGUAAUAAGUGUGUUCUUGGGUUGCUCGGUUUCUUCGUCGUCGUCUUCUCCGAUACGUGUCGGUUAUUUGCUUGUGGGCGUGACCGUGAUUAACUCCGAGAUCAGGAAUAAACCAUGAACCCGGUUUAUUCCUGAUCGAACCGGCAUCCGGUUCGGAAUUGGAUCGGGUGGGCUCCGCACCUUAUAAAUGCUCGGUCUCGGACGCGACGAGGGUUUCCGUGGCCGACUCGUAAUUCCUCGUUCUCCUCCCCUCUUUUGCCAUCGCCGCCGAUCUUUCCUUCUCCGCCGACCGGCUUCCCUUCUUGUCUUUCUUAUCGCUUCCGAUCUCCACUUCUGCUACGCUGAGACCGUCGCCAUGGUGAGAAAGGCGGCCACCGAUGACCACCGAUCCUCCGCUUCGGCGGUCUCUUCUUCGAGGCCGGGUAAGUCCAAGGAAUCCGCCGCCGUCCCCAAGAAGGAGAAGAUCUCCGUCUCCGCCAUGCUUGCGUCCAUGGACAAGCCCAAACCCUCCUCCUCCGCCGCAUCCAAGAAGUCCAAGCCCAAACCCAAGCCUUCCUCCUACAUCGAUGGCAUCGAUCUGCCCCCCUCCGACGAUGAGGAGGAGGAGAUGGCCGAGGACGAGGUCGCCAAACGUAAAGCUCGAUCCGCUGUUACCGACCUCGCUGCCGCCACCUUCUCGGACAAGGAGCUCAAGAAGCGGGAGAAGAAGGACCUUCUUGUUGCGCAAGCGGCCGAGCUGGCGCGGCAGGAGGUCCUCAAGGACGACCAUGACGCCUUCACGGUGGUUCUUGGGGCCCGUGCCUCCGCCCUCGAUCCUGAUGGGCAGGACGCGGCGGCCGAUGCUAACGUUCGGGAUAUUACCAUCGAGAACUUCUCGGUUUCGGCUCGCGGUAAGGAACUGCUGAAGAACGCCUCUGUUAAAAUCUCCCACGGGAAAAGAUACGGCCUCGUCGGACCCAACGGGAUGGGGAAGUCCACUCUUUUAAAGCUUCUUGCUUGGAGGAAGAUACCCGUCCCACGGAAUAUUGAUGUGCUCCUCGUCGAGCAGGAGGUGGUUGGCGAUGACCGAACCGCCCUUGAGGCGGUCGUGUCCGCUAACGAGGAGCUCGUGAGGCUUCGCAAGGAGGUUGCCGCCCUGUCUGAGAAGCCCGAAGGGGGAAAUAAUGAUGACGACGAUGAUAGCGGAGAAAAGCUCGCCGAAUUGUACGACAGGUUGCAGAUUUUGGGCUCCGACGCUGCAGAGGCCCAGGCGUCGAAGAUCUUGGCUGGAUUGGGGUUCACCAAGGAGAUGCAGCGCCGGCCGACCAAGUCCUUCAGCGGAGGGUGGAGGAUGAGGAUAUCUUUGGCCAGAGCUCUUUUUGUGCAGCCGACCUUGUUACUUCUUGAUGAGCCUACUAACCAUCUUGAUCUCAGAGCAGUGCUUUGGCUUGAGGAGUACCUUUGCCGCUGGAAGAAGACGCUGGUCGUGGUGUCCCAUGACCGUGACUUUCUUAACACAGUUUGCAGUGAGAUCAUUCAUCUCCAUGAGCUGAAGCUCAAUGUCUACCGUGGGAACUUUGAUGAUUUCGAGAGUGGCUACGAGCAGAAACGCAAAGAAACAAACAAGAAGUAUGAGGUUUAUGAGAAGCAGAUGAAAGCUGCAAAGAAGACAGGCAGCAAGGCUAGGCAGGACAAGGUUGAUGAGCGGGCCAAGUUCGCUGCUGCCAAGGCGGCAAAGAGCAAAGCAAAGGGUAAGGUGGAAGAUGAUGAUGCACCCCCACCCGAGGUUCCCAAGCGGUGGAGAGAUUACAGUGUGGAGUUCCACUUCCCAGAGCCUACUGAGCUCACGCCACCACUUUUGCAGCUUAUUGAGGUCAGCUUCAGCUAUCCUAACAGGGAGGAUUUCAGGCUUUCUGAUGUUGAUGUGGGCAUUGAUAUGGGGACAAGGGUUGCCAUUGUGGGGCCUAAUGGUGCUGGAAAAUCUACUCUGCUCAAUUUGCUGGCAGGGGACUUGGUGCCCACUGAAGGAGAGGUGCGCAGGAGCCAAAAGCUGCGGAUUGGGAGGUAUUCCCAGCAUUUUGUUGACCUAUUGACAAUGGAUGAGAACGCAGUCCAGUAUCUCCUCCGUCUUCAUCCAGAGCAAGAAGGAUUUAGCAAGCAAGAGGCAGUGCGUGCUAAACUUGGGAAGUUUGGCCUCCCCAGCCACAAUCACCUCACACCUAUUGCCAAACUAUCGGGAGGCCAGAAGGCCCGAGUUGUUUUCACUUCUAUAUCAAUGUCUAAGCCUCAUAUUCUUCUGCUGGAUGAGCCCACAAAUCAUCUAGACAUGCAGAGUAUCGAUGCGUUGGCAGAUGCACUGCAGGAGUUCACUGGUGGUGUUGUUUUGGUGAGCCAUGAUGCUCGUUUAAUAUCACGUGUUUGCGAGGAUGAAGAGAACAGUGAGAUAUGGGUUGUGGAAGAAGGUACUGUAAGAAAAUUCCCUGGUAGUUUCGAGGAGUACAAGGAAGAUCUUCUGAAAGAAAUAAAAGCGGAGGUCGACGAGUAAAGGUAUACAUAGCUGAUUGGUGCUGCUCUGAAGUGAGUUAUCUACAAUUGGUUCCAUAUACGAUAGCCUAUUUCCAGCUUCAAACAUUUUAAAAUAAUAUCCUUUUGACAAUUUUGGCAGCAUUUCUCUUUGUUGUGUGAUAGUCAUUUAAACAGGUAAAAUUCUAAAAACAUAUGUACUACAUGGUUCCCAAGUCUGACUUUUUUGCUGUAGUACAUUGAGUGUUGUCUCUGUGGACAUGUUGCAGUUGUCCUUUAUUUGUGGAGUUUUAUCUUAUAUGCAAUUGAAGGCUAAGAAUAUAUAUGUCAGCUUGUUUGGUAAUCA